AUGCCACCCAGCGCCGAUCUGACCCAUCCCUUUACCCCCUCCCUCGCUCCCGUGGCCUGUAAGACUAAACAAGGAACGCCAAGACUGGUACGAAGCCUCAGGUGGCCGUCCAAGAAGUUCGGUCACGUGGGCGGCUUCUUGGAGUACGCCGCUGAGGAGCUGUGGUCACCCCAGGGGCGCGCCGUCACCGUGCAAGGUGUGUGGACUCCAUUCUUUGCCCAGAUCGGCGAGGCGUGGGCGCUCGUAGCGUCUGCUGCUUCGUCUGGUCGCUCGACGAAGCAGGUCUUCGACACGCGCCCAGCGCGGCGCCGGCUCGGAAUCUCACUCCUGCUGCGACUUGUUGAGCGCAACGGCAUCCUCGGACUGUAG